AUGAGUUUUUCAUCAAGCCAAACACAUCUGGAUGUUCCUCCACCUCCUCCUCAAUCUUGCGACAAUACAGUUGACUCAGCUGCUGCCAAUAAUAGCUACAUCAGCAGUAACGAUUUUCAAAACUUCAAUUGGCAACAGACGACUCAUAACCAGAUGCACGGGGGGCAACAACAACAACAACAACAACAACAACAACAACAACAACAACAACAACAACAACAGAAUGCUUUGCAAAAUACUGGGCAAGGCUACCUGUACCACGCAGACCUUCAUACCCCGAUGAAGCUUUGGAAUCAGUCGGCGUAUCAUUCGAAUUGGCAAAACAAGCCAAACCCGUUUCAACCGUUGGCCAAGGAGUUGCAAGAUGUCAAUGGAGAAGUCUAUUUUGACUCUACUGAAAGGAGGCCUUCGUACACAGCGACAGCAGCAGCAUCAACAACAACAACAACAGCAACAAACAAGUACAUGAAAAACAGUAUGCUCAAUGCACCUAGUUAUGUUCCAUAUGGAAACAGGUUUCCCAUGACACCCAACUCCACUAUUGGAACCAAAUUUGUGGAUGAGGAUAGUGGCUUGGAUUUGAAAGAAGAGGUGCAAAAGUUGAAAAAUGAAUUGAUUUUGAAGAACCAAAUGAUUAAGAAUUUGACUGAUCAGAUCAAUGUUAUGAUCAAGAAUAAGAAUGGUAGAGUAGGAGCCUAUAACGAGGUCAAAGAAGAUGUUGGUGAAUCGUUCAAGUUACCGCAAAACCACUAUCAAUUGUUUCAGGACUUGUCCAAGACGUUGCAAGAGAAAUGUCAAGAGUUGGAUGAUGUCAAUCGAAGAAUGGAGAUUAUUCUUGUUGCCAAUCGUGUCAGUAGCAAUACUGCGGUUGGGUACGACUUGGAGGAGUUGAGUCAUAAGCUUCUUUACAAGAUGACUCAGUUGCAAGUGGAGAACGAUGAGUUGGUAAAGAUGGUUAGUACAAGUAGCAAGUCAAGUUUGUUGGUUGAGAUUGGGAUGUUGAAGCAGCAGGUUGCCCAGUUGGCAGGAAGCAAUGACAAAGAAGAGCAUGCGGAUGGUAAGUAG